GUUUUUAUUUACUGUUUAUUAAUUAUGUCCUGUUAGGGGCACCAUAGAUUCGCUCUGACUAUAUUAUAGGAAGGGUUAACCAGCCCAAAUUUCGUCUGUUUAGGAAUAAGCUCACUGGCUAUUAGAUACAAUCCAAAAAGCAAUUUUUUUGUUUGCUAGUGGUUCGUAUGAUGAGGGAAAGAGAUUUAAUCUCAAUGCAUUGAAAGACGUUUUUGCACUUCGCAAAUCAAAGGAAAGCUCUAAACCGUUAGUUUAAGAUAAACAGCAGCUGCUGUCUAGAUAGGCUAACGGGUCACUUUCCAAACUUUUUUGUGCCGUUUUAGACGCGAGGCAAGUGUCUGGAUUUAGAUCGUGCUGUCAGUGCUCCCAUUGAAACUAUGGCUGGCGCAGAGGGAAACAAAUUAUGGAGUGGACGGUUUGUUGGGGAUAUUGACCCCAUUAUGGACAAGUUUAACGCUUCAAUUUCAUACGAUCGAAGAAUGUGGAGUGCCGACAUUCAAGGCAGCAAGGCGUACGUGAAGGCGCUGGAGAAAGCCAAGCUCGUCAGCGAAAGCGAGAUGGAGGAUAUUUUGCAGGGACUUGACAAGGUGUCUGAGGAGUGGUCCGGGGGCACGUUUGAGGUCAAGUCCACAGACGAGGACAUUCACACGGCCAACGAGCGCAGGCUGAAGGAGCUGAUCGGCCCAGCCGCAGGGAAGCUGCACACAGGGAGGAGCAGGAACGACCAGGUGGUGACAGAUAUGAGACUCUGGUUGCGGGAUGCGAUCUCAGCCCUGAAGAAUGAUGUCAUACAGCUCAUCAGUACCAUGGUGGAGCGAGCUGCUGUGGAGAUCGACGUCCUGUUUCCUGGUUACACCCACAUGCAGAGGGCCCAGCCAAUCAGGUGGAGCCACUGGAUCCUAAGCCACACAGUUGCCCUGAGCAGAGACGCAGAGCAGCUGGAUGAGAUUCGGAGCCGGGUGAACGUCCUGCCCCUGGGAAGUGGAGCCAUCGCUGGGAACCCGUUUGACAUCGACCGCGAGUUCCUCUGCACAGAGCUCAGCUUCGACACCGUUAGCAUAAACAGCAUGGACGCCACCGGACAGAGGGACUUUGUAGUGGAGUUCCUGUUCUGGGCCUCUCUGUGUCUCACUCACCUCAGUAAGAUGGCGGAAGACCUGCUCCUCUACAGCACCAAGGAGUUCUCCUUCCUCUCUCUCUCCGACGCUUACAGCACCGGAAGUAGUUUGAUGCCCCAGAAGAAAAAUGCUGACAGUCUUGAGCUGAUCCGCAGCAAAGCGGGGCGGGUUUUUGGGAGGUGUGCAGGGUUCAUGAUGACACUGAAAGGACUCCCCAGCACAUACAACAAAGACCUACAGGAGGAUAAAGAGGCCAUGUUUGACUGUUACGACACGGUGCAUGCCGUCCUGCUGGUGACCUCCGGGGUCAUGUCCACCCUGAAGGUGGACGCCAGCACCAUGCAGGCGGCUCUCAGCCCGGACAUGCUGGCCACUGACCUGGCCUAUUACCUCGUGCGGAAGGGGGUGCCGUUUCGGGAGGCUCAUGGCUGCUCUGGGAAAGCUGUGCUUCUGGCCGAAUCCAAAAACAUUCCCCUGAACCAGCUCACCCUGCAGGACCUCCAUACUGCCAGUCCUCUGUUUGAGGCUGAUGUGUCUGCAGUGUGGGACUACACCAGCAGUGUUGAGCAGUACAGCGCCCCCGGUGGCACGGCCAGGAACAGCGUCCUCGCUCAGAUAGAGCACCUCCGUAGCUGGCUCGCCAAGCACAGGAAAUGACCUGCACCCCUGCACCCCCUCACCUCUGCACCCUUGCACCCCUGCACCCCCUCACCCCCGCCCCUGAUGUUUUUGAUUGGUUAUUGAUGAUUUAUUUUAUUGACUGAGGCAAAGGGAAAAGGUCAAAUGUGUAUUUAUGCUGUAAUGUGGUUUCCAGGAAUAUGUAGUAUUUUGGGGUGUCAUAUUUUGGGCGUGCCCUUGUCCCUCCCUCAGAUUUAAAACCUUUAUCAUACUCCUACGCUUGGACAUCUCCCAAAACUCCCAUGAGCUUCUGUGUUACUGCAGUGCCACCUGCUGCCUCAGAGAGGGUCCUGCCCGCGUGGGCAAACUAACCCUAAUCCGGUGACCUCAUUCCCAAAAUGCUGCGUUUACAGUGCAGCUAGACCAAUCAGAGGAGGGGCAUCGCUCACUGAUGAUGACUGGUACCCAAUAGGCACCUGAAGCUUAAAAUGACCAAGUGCUCAGUUCCCGUGCAAGUCGGCAGGGGGCGCUGUUGCAGUAGCCCUACCACUACAGGGCGAUAGUCAGCUAUUGGGCUUGAUAUGGUCUACUCAACGCAACAGAGGUCAGUGUGUACUGAAUUGAAGUGUAAGAUUAUGGACAAAAAGGGGAGUUCUGAUACUUAGAGGAGUUCGUUAAAGGACAAAGUGGAGUCGAUAAGAGAAAUUACAUGCACAUCCAAACUCCGAGACGGGCCUGGAACAGAACCUGAGCUGAGUGUAAGAGAGAGUCCUCGCGGCCAGAGCCGUGUUAACACCGGAAGACUUCAGACCUCACUCACGCGGCACCAGACCUGCCUCAGAUACGGACCCCCCCCCCCCCGACUUCAUUUCCUGUUACAGAGGAAGUUGCGCUAAGAUGACGCGACCAAAUGUUACAUCGACACCUAGGCCAGGGGUCCUCACUCCUGGUCCUGGAGAGCCGCAGGGUGUGCUGGGGUCCUCACUCCUGGUCCUGGAGAGCCGCAGGGUGUGCUGGGGUCCUCACUCCUGGUCCUGGAGAGCCGCAGGGCGUGCUGGGGUCCUCACUCCUUGUCCUGGAGAGCCACAGGGUGUGGCUGGUUUUUUUGUUUUCGCCUGAAGUUCGGCAACAAAUUCAGAUCCAAGAAACCAGGUGACCCGAGCCAGCCGUGUGAUGACCUUCUUUAACUGCUCAAGUGCUGAGUUACAAACCCCAGCAGACCUGUUCAUCUCCAGGACCAGGGCUGGGGACCACUGAUGCACCCAACAGUUACACUUUUUGUAAGUGUGAAAUGAAUUUAAUUGAAAAAGAUUGUUAUGAAAAAUGUAAAAGAAAAAAUGAUUUCAAUGAUAAAAAUGCAUGUUCUCUCAAACGUUUAACAAUCUCUGUCAAUUUAAUAAUCAUCAACAACAACACAGAGCUUCCCAUGGUAACACAUGAACAGGAGUGUUUGCACAAGCACUUCUGUCUGGUUCAAUUGGGUCAAUGCAGGAAAUUCAACUGUUCAGCCAGUUGCUUAAUUCUUCUAAUUAAAUAACUCUUAUCUUAAA